AAAUUCUAGGGUUUUCAGAAUCUUCUUCUUUCCCUCACCUAAUUUUCCCCCAAAAUCUCGAAGAUUUUUCAUUUUUUUUCGCUUAGAUUCCUUUCCGAUUCUUGGAGCUCGCUGGAAAUUUUUGUUUUUCUUUUCUAAUAAUUUGAUUUCGAUUUUUCCGCCGUUAAUUUCUGGGGAUUUCAAUGGUGCAUUUCGCGAGUUCCGAGGAUCGUCAACGGCAGACACAGCCGUCAUCGGCGGCGGCGUUACGCGGAGGAAAAUCUUCGGUGAAAUUAGAGAUCGAGGAUACAUUGGAAGAUGAAUAUGGCCCACUUAAUAAGAAGCAGAAACAGAAACAGAAGCAGAAAUCUUCGUGUUCUGAUCAGCUCCCAUCUGGAAACAAUAUAUUUCCUGCCCCGUCUUCACAGUACAAUCCACUAGAGGAACCUAGUCCAUUGGGUUUACGUCUGAGAAAAAGCCCUUCACUUCUUGAGUUGAUCCAAAUGAGGCUCUCUCAAGACAAACCUUCUAAUUUGGGACCUGCUCCCAUUGAUGAUUCCAAAUCUCGGGAGAAAGGUAGCACCAAAGGCAAUGCCCUUGGGGCUUCUGAUAAGCUUAAGGCUUCAAAUUUUCCCGCUUCCUUUCUGAAGAUAGGCUGCUGGGAGUAUAUUUCUCGAUAUGAAGGAGAUCUUGUUGCAAAAUGUUAUUUCGCUAAGCAUAAGCUUGUUUGGGAAAUUCUAGAAGGAGGCCUUAAGAGCAAAAUUGAAGUUCAGUGGUCUGAUAUAAUGGGUUUGAGAGCAAAUUUUCCGGACGAAGCACCUGCAACCUUGGUUGUAGUGCUGGCACGUCAACCUCUUUUCUUUAGAGAGACAAAUCCGCAGCCAAGAAAACAUACACUCUGGCAGGCUACUGCAGAUUUUACUGAUGGACAGGCUAGCUUGCAUAGGAAACAUUUCCUUCAGGUGCCAAAUGGUCUUUUAAAUAGGCAUUUUGAGAAACUGAUUCAGUGUGACGUGCGUCUUAAUUUCCUGAGCCAGCAGCCAGAAAUAAUUCUAGAUUCUCCCUACUUCGAAUCUCAACCUGCUGUAUUUAACGACUUGAAUGAAUCUAAAAACCACAGUUUGGAUAAAAAAGAAACCAGCAGGGGGCCUAGCAUCUCUAUCUUUGAAGAUGUCGGAACACCUGUAUCCCAGUCAUCUUCUAUCUCAGUCAGACAAGAUGAUGCUCUUCAUGGAACAUCUGACAUUCUGUCCCGUGAGGCUACCUCCCCAAGCUCAGUGAUGGAUAUGCGCGUAAUGGAAGUUAGUACUACUAUGAGUAACCAAUCAGACAAACUGAAAGGAUCGAAAAGCGUCGAACAGCUAAUCAUGAAGGGAAUUCGGCCAUCCAUGUCAGUGACUGACCUUGUGAAUCAUAUUGGAAAUUGCAUUUCAGAACAGAGGAGUUCUGAAGAUCUCAAAUUCACAGAGGAGGAAGGAUCUGGAUCCCAUAAUAAAAUGCUUGAGGAAAUCGCACAACACCUGUUGGGUGAUUUCCAAGUUACACCAUGUUCUGAUGAAAAAUCCCUCAUGUCAAGGGUUAACUCUUUAUGCUCCCUUCUUCAGAAAGAUGGCACCCCGGUUCAGAGUUUUGAAGUAAAAGAAGAGGGAAUGGAAUUAAGAACCAUUAACCAUGAACCUGAAUUGUUGGAUCUGAAUACAACUGGUAAAGGUGACAUAAAUGAUGCAGAGGGUUCUGUUAGAGAUGUCUGCAAGCAGGCACCAAACAUGCCGAGAAUUGAUUCUUUUGGGGAUUUACUUCACCAUCUUCCUCGGAUUGCUUCACUACCGAAGUUCUUGUUUGACAUAUCUGAAGACGGGGACAAUCAAGCGCGAUAGACAACAGACGGGAAGUAUACUCAAUAGUCAAAUACUACCGUCUUUGUUUAUGGGUAUUGCAGAUUCUGUUACAGGGUUUGACAUAUGAAGAAGUGGUUGCUUAUUAUUCCUUUUGGAAUUUGUGUUCCAGAUUGUUGAAUUGCACCCUGUAUAUUAUUGGGAUUCAGAAAUUAGGGUUGAUGAUGAAUUCCAGUAUAUAACUGUAUAAAGAUUAACCAUACAUGGGAUAGGCUAUAGCUUCUUUCUUAAGUUUCUUGUUCGCAGAAUUCGUAGCUUCUCUUGAAACCUUCCUUUCUUAGAAUCUCAAUUUGUGAUUCUUGGUGAAAUGUAAUGAGCAUUAGAAUUUCUGGAAUAUUAUGCUAUGUAGCUUCCCCUCUUGAUCGCUUACUUUGGAUAUAAGUAUGAGAUUUUGCAUAUUUGCAAACGUUAUUUA